UGUGGCAAAGAACAAAAACGGUGCUGGUUCACUACGCGCUUUCCUCUCGGAGCAUUCGUUCGCUGGCGGUGGAAGUGCGCUGUCGCGUGUUUUUCGUUUUGUUCGUGUGCGGUGGUGAGCUGUGCUGUGUGCUUCUGUGUGGCGGCUGGUUUGUAUUUCCGAAUCCGUUAAUCUCGUCGGCAGGAGCCCUUUUUUCCGGCCGGAAGCAAUACGAAACACACGCGCACACUUACACGCAACUCACAACAAACACACACGCAUACCCAGCAGCAGCAGCACGGCGGCACAGCGGCCGAAUCCUUGAAUUGUUUGUCUGUGUGUGUGUGUGUCUGUGUGUGUGUGCAAGUGUGCCUGUGUCCGUGGUCCUUGCGAGAAGGAGAAGACGUGUUUGUAAGUGUGGUGUGCACGUGCAGCAUAAGUGGUUGGUUGGUGUUGGUAGGUGUAGGUGAAGCGGAAACAAGUGCGUGAGUGCAAGUGUUGUACGCCCAACCGCGCCGCAUAAAGGGAGCGAUAGAAGAGGCGUCCCCAUCGUCAUAUCCCCCAUUAACCGGUGUCAUCAUCCUCAUCGCAUCAUUAUUGUUGGCCCGUGGCCGCCCUUUGAUCGUCGCCCAAGUGGUCGCCCAGCCCCCCAUCCCCAGGAAAGAAGAAGUGCGUGCGUGUAUUUUGAGUGCAUGUUGUUCUUGUGUUGGCCGUCGGUUUAGUUGUUCGUCGUGCAGCUUCUCUCCCCCCACACAAUCGUCAUUCUGUGUCUCUUCAAAUUGCAGGCAAGGCCAGGCUAGUUGCAGUGAUAUACAAGAGCGAAGUGUGCAUCUUGGUGAUGAAGUGAAAGCCCCGCGGGAGCAUUAUAUCUAUCGCGGUUCUAAUAAUUAGCGCGCGCGUGUGUGUGUGUGUAUUGUGUCUACACGACCACUGAGCAAGGAGAAAAAGGAAAGAAUAGAGCGUGUGGCGGUGUAACUGUUUUCGUUUGCGGAAACGAGCGUGAGGCUUUGAUUUUUGGUGCGUCUGACACGACCAACCCGCCACCACAACGGAAGCACCGGGCGAACGUUCGCCUCGCCUGCGCCAACGCUUGCUAGGACGACGAUCGCGUGGAGGACGACGGUAGCAGGACUCGAAGCUUCCUGCGCGCGCUGAAUUGCACACGACGACUCCAACGACGAUCGCGAAUCCUUUCCAUCGAAAGGAACAGAAGCGGCGAGAACGACGAAGACGACGACGACGACGAUCCGCUGACGAUCGCCGUUGCACAAUCACAAUCUUCCAGACGCGUCGGCGGUGACCUGCUGCAUCAGCCAGCAGCAGUAGUAGUAGCAGCGGCAGCCAAGCGGAUUGUGACGCGCAUACGACGACGGUGUUAACCACCCCCCGCAGCCCCACCAUAUCCCCCGCGUGUGCGAGCAAACCAAACGUCCGAACGACGGAAACCAGGAAGCAAAUUGAAAGCAGGAGGAUGGAUUGCAAACGGAUUUUGCGCUGCUCGGCACUAGUCGUGCUAGUUUUAGUCACCCUAGUAAAUGCACAAAGCUCAGGUGCACACAAGCGGGAUCUGAACAAUCUGUACCAAGUGAUCUAUUACGGUGACUCGCAGGUCGAGGUCGGGAAGCCGUUCUCGAUCUCGUGCAUCAUCAGCAUCGCCAACCCGGUCGAGUGGCACAAGGACGGCGAACCGAUCCGGAAGCACAGCAACAUCCGCCACGGCAAGGAUGAGCACAGCUACAUCGAGAGUGAGAUGGGCAUCGCAGGAAAUCGAGACAAAAUCGAAGCAUCGAUCAGCGUCCAGCGCGCCCUGCCGAAGCACCAGGGCCGGUAUCAGUGCAACGCGCUGUACAAAAACUACCACCAGCUGUACGUGUACCGGAACGGUACGCUGCUCGGUCAUGGGGCUGUUGCUGCUGCCGCCGCCGUACCGGGUCCUUCAAGGGGCCGCGACGAGAUGCAGGUACUGUUGAGCACGGUGAAAUCGACGCUCGUGGCGCCCCUGCAGCAGCCCAUCGAGCAUCAUCACUUCACGACGGCGGUAGCGCUCGCUCCGGGACCGCCCAUCGUGGACGAGGAACUGCCGCGGGAACACGAACGCGAUCGGGAGUCCCCGAAAGGCGGGCACAGUCCACACCAUCACAGGCAGCAGGCGGGGCAGGGCCAUCGACACCAUACAGCCACCGGGGAGAAGCAGCCCGACCACUCCAGCCCGGCGAUGGGCAAAGAUGACUCGAAACGGUUCGUCAGCCAAAAGACGACCACGAUCGACCAGAACGGGCUGCUGGAACAGACGCAGGUGGAAGAUUUGGAUCGGGAUUUCGCUCCGGUGCUGCACAACACCGACCACCGGGGUGCUUCACCGAUGAUGGGCAAAGGUUCAAAGAAGCAGCACUCCAGCGCCGGAAGAGUACACGUACCGGUGGAAACGCGAGAAGAGGAUGAAGAUGAGCAAGAGAAGAUGAUUGGUGGCGCGGAUGUGGCGGAGGCGCGCGAAGGCCUAGAUCUCGAUACCACCGGUACCGAUGCGGAUCACGCCGAGGACCUCAUUGAACCCGAUACGGAAAUCGUUAUCGAAAGCAAGGCUAUCUCGCUCGAGGACGAGAACAUCGACCGGUUGAUCCAGAACAAGAGCGACAUCAACGGGAUCAUCCUGGUGGACAGCCUGGAGGAGCUGGCGACGCUCCGCAAGCAGCCUUCGUCCGCCCUGUUGCCCAUACUGCCCACCCGGGAGGCCAUGCUGAGCAACGGCUCGAGUGGGUUUUCCCUGGCCGUCAGUACCGUUGGGCCGAUGUUGACCGGAGCCGUUUCGAAAGACGGUGGCAGUGUGAUGCUCCUCACCAGCGUCGCUCCACCACUGGAGCAGGAUAAUACAGUGCACCACAACCAUCACCAUCACCAUCACGAACAUCACGGUAGCUCGUCGUCCUCGUCGUCGACCGCAGCAAAGAUGGCAACCACUUUAACGGCCACUACUUCUACUACUACAACCACUGCUAGUACUACUACCAUCACAACUACUACCACUACGAGCACCACCACCACAACGGCGGCUCCGCCCACGACGACCACCAUCGCGGCUGCCGAUGUACUGCUGCCUAACUACGACCAAGCCAGCACUAGUUUAAAAAUAUUCGAUAUAGCAAAAGCAUUGACGCUCGGUUGUAACAUUACACAGGAAGGAAAUUUUGAGUUAAGUUGGGCAAAAGACGGUAAGAACGUAAGUGAGGUCGAAUCGCUAAAAGACCGCUUUAAGAUACUGGCGGCCGAGCGAAAGUUCGUCAUCAGUCGGGCACUGGAAACGGAUGCCGGACAGUACACGUGUAGCGUACCACAAUUGGGUGUAUCGAAAAGUUUUAACGUAGUUGCUAAUGUUGUUGUUAAAUUUGAAAGCACAGAAAUAGGCAAAACUAACAUAGUGGAGGGCGAACGGUUGACGCUGCACUGUAUAGCUUACGGAACGGAUCCUAAAAUCACCUGGACAGUUGGCAACAAUACUUACAACGCGUCGACAGAUCACAUCGUGCUGGAGGAGGACGAGAGGGGCGUCGAGAACGCGAAGCUUAUCAUCGAUAGCAUAAAGCUAGACGACUACGCCGACUAUACCUGCGAGGCACGAAACAAUGCCACCGAGUUUACGGGCAAACCGGCACAGGUUCUGAUCACCGUUAGAGUAAGAGGAAAAUAUGCGGCACUUUACGUUUUCCUGGGUAUUAUUGUGGAAGUUGUUUUACUGUGUGCGAUUAUUUUAAUAUGCGAAAAAAGACGUAACAAGACAGAGAUCGAGGAAAGUGAUACCGACCAGAGUCCCGACCAGAGAAGGCGAAAAGCUUCCCGAAAUUACAACUAAUGAUAAGUCUAGCGCUGUAAGACGAUCGAGCUGAUCGGGAAAGGAAAAGCAGAAGAACAAAAGAUCCCUAAACAUGAAUUGUUGACCGCGUAGAGCGAUGGGAGGGUCUCCGUUUGGAACCGAUUGCUGCCUGUUAGCGCAAGAGAGAGAGAGAGAGAGAGAGAGAGAGAGAGAGAGAGAGAGAGAGAGAGAGAGAAAAAUAUAGAGAGAGAUAGAGGGAUAAUGGGAGAGUAAGUGAAAACAAGUGGUGUGCGUAUCGAUAGGCUAAAGCAGCAUCUCUACCAGCUUAACUAAUAAGAACAAAACAACAACAACAAAACACUUACACACGUAUUUACUUUAAAACACUCAACUCACAAAACCAACUCUGCGGAUAGAUACCGGUACUUUUGAGAAUAGAGUAAUGGAGGUAACGUAUUCCGUUGCGAUUAAACGGGAUUAAAAGGAGCAAAAGAAUCAGGCCACGUUCAGGGCGCGCGCUGCUAUAUAGAAUCGAAUUCAAAAUCUAAAUUAAAAAGAAAAGAAAAAAACAUACGAUGAGCAGAAAGCGCGCACACACACACGUCAAGUGACAGUUAUGUGGGGCGUGGGUAGAAAAAAAAACAAAAAAACCAAAAUCCAAAAGAAUAAAAUCGAUAGCUAUAAAGCAGCAGCAAUCGGAGCUGUCCGAAGGACGGUUAAAACCCCUAGACAUUAAUACGAUGCGUAGUAGUGCGUAGUGUAAUUUAUGAUGAAGAAUCUUACUAUAAAAAAAACAUAAAGGAAAAGCCACGACAUCUAACAAACAACAUCAUCGGUUGAUCGCUAGCGGCGCCAUAUCGCGUGGGGGGCGUGUUCAACUGGAAGCGAUGGGGGGGACAGGGACAGAGCCCCGUCGCAACACAUACAAAAACACACAACACCGACACAGGACCUCCCGUCGUGAGUGACGGGGUGGGUUGGGGGGUGUUCGAGGAGGAAUGUGUUGGAUCACCAUGCUGCCAAGAGUGUGUGAGAUAAGCGAAUCCUCGGAUGCGAACGAUGUGUAAUUAAGGACAUUCUCGACCUAGUGACAUUUGAUGAACAAUUGAACGUUUAUAUUGAAUCCCACCACAAAGCGCGAAAGAGAGAGAGAGAGAGCGAGAGAGAGAGAGAGGGAAAGAGGGAAAGAGAUGCGAUUGAAGAGUUUGUAGCCGUUACUUAUCCUUACCACACCAAAAAGAAGAAUGAACGAUAACGAAGAAGGAGAAGAUGUUAAAAACCACUGACAGCUAAUACAGAGAACCAUAAGGCUUAUUGUGUAAUCGGAAGUGUUGCAAGGUUGAUGCCGGGAACGAUCACCAAUGAGACAUUAUGCGCCGAAGCAGCAAAGGAAUGCCGAGAUAUCGGUUAAUCAUGGAAGUGAAAAACGUUUAAGGAGAAUCGUAGACGAAACACGUUUUGAGAACAUAACCUCAUCCACGCAUUUGCUGCUGCUCCUCGAGUGAAGAGAAAACGGAGGAGAAGGAGAAAGGUAACAAUACCGAACACCGUAGAACUCCGAAACAAGCUCUUAACACUGUGCUUUACCGAGUGGGCGAUGGAAAACGUUCACAAUUUGAUGCAGGCUCUAGUAGAACAUAGUAGAUUUAAUAAGAAACGCCCCUCUCUUCUACAUCUAAAAAACCGAAUCGGUAUGAUGCGAGCAGAUAAAUCGUUAAAAGAAACACUCACACACUGUUUUAUUAAAAACCCAGUAAAAAAUGAAUCACAUCCUUCGCUUUCACCCGUCACACCACCAUACACCAUUUUCUCGCACUCUCUUGAUCGAUAUAAUAGUGUACGUGCAUGCGUAUUUUUUCGCAAAGUAGUAGUCAAACACGGUACGAGUAAAAAGGGCAAACCCUUACAGCGUUUGUGUAAAGUCCAGUACAGAGGCCUAGAACAGAGAACGAACUCCCGAGCACUCCGAAGCAUUCGAGUAAGAAUCAACAAAAAAGUACGAUUUACCAUCUCUCACCAUUUUGGGUCUUUCAACUUCUUCAUCUUAUCGUACCCUUUCCCCUAAGCCCCAUCUAAAUGUCCUCGACCCUCUGCGCCUCUCUCGAUCGAACACGAAACAGAGAGAAACACUCACACACACAUACACGAUGAAAUCGAUAGCUUUACAUCCGUUGUCCUUCAUAGCAGUAGCGUUUCGGAAGCUGCAGCUGCUGCUAGCUGCUACUACUACUACUACUACUACUACUACUACUACUACUGCUAUCAAUACUCUCUACAAAAAAAAACUGUAACUACUACUCUAUGGAACUUUUACUACUAUUUCAACUACACUUAGAUAAUUGAAGAAAAGCGAUUGAAAAAAGAAUGAUAACGAAGAAUGGAUGGGAACAUGCUUUAAUAACACUUAGUGUGACGAGAGAAGACUAUAUGCUUUCAUUUCCAUCCGUCGGUGAACAGGGAAAACGAGUUGUAUUUUUCUUUUGACUUCUCUCUCUCUGACUCUCUCUCUCUCUCUCUCUCUCUCUCUCUCUCUCUCUCUCUCUCUCUCUCUCUCUCUCUCUCUCUCUUUCUUGCAUGUUCCUUUCUUCAUCUUCUCGUCUUGUGAUUUAAUUAGUUAGCAACUGUUAGUAGCAGAGGCCUUUCCUUCCUUGUUUUCGUAGAGUCGUCGUAACUGCUAUCGUAGAAGAAGGGGCGCGCGAAUUUAAACGAACCAUUUCAACAACCCUUUUCACACCACCGUUCCUGCACAUAAAACACACACUCUUCUUGUGUAAACUCAUCUUCAUCUUUUCUCAUUAGUGUAUUAUAUUUCUAUAUAAUAACAAAGAAGAAUAAAAAAAGGUAAAAGAACAAUUCACGUAGAACACGAUUAUAAGCUCUGCUGGUAGUGUGAAACGCAUUUUAAAUGAAAUUCGAAGUUCGCGGGCCCCUCCUGGAACACGUACCGGCAAAUGGGGCUCCAGUAUUCCAGUGCAAAAGCGGUAAGAAACGGAUGCAAAUCAUACAUACCUUAUAUGAAAGGGGGAACUGCGCUGAUGAUACCAAACCAAUGAAAGUACAGUAACACAACAGCAACCAAACUCUCACACUAAACGAACACAUGAAUCAAUCGAUAACGCAAGUAUUUUGUACCUUGUUCCCCGUUGGUCGAGCCGAUAGCCGGGACGAAUCGAUUUUGCCAGUUUCGUGUAACAUUUGAACGAUCGCCCGAUGAAUGGAGGUUGCAUUAGUUUGCAUCGAGUAUUAGCAAUAGCGCGCCACCGGAGGGCCGGGCCGGAGGUUUAACGUUGCUGCAUGCUUUUGCACACUCACACUGUACAUAUUGUAAGAUAAAAAGAUCAGACGAAGAAGAAGAAAAAAAAACCAGAAACAAAGUAACAGCUAAAAGGGAAUAUUGAUGAUGGUGGCGAUGGAAAAAGCAAAACUAAGCAGCAAAGAGAAUGUAGAACGCGGGCAUAAGCGCGGGUAAAUAAUUUAGAGAAUUAAAAUAAAUAAAUCCAGAAUAUAGAAGAAAAAAGGGGAUUAGUGAAAAGGAGAAGCGACAAACUAUUCGAGUAAACGCUAAAGCGCAAGAGCACUCCGUAGAAAUGUAAUAGGCAUAUUAAUUGGAACGCGAUAAUAGUAAACGGACAAGGACAAACUGGGGGAAGAAUUAAAAUAUCUCGAAGCCAAUAUCCAAAAUAUUGCGGCAAAACGGAAAACAACUCUCUAGCAUUAUGAAAUGGCAUUAAAACAAACGGCACACGCGUGUGAGUUUUAGUAGUGUAUGCAAAUGGGCGUAUUUUUCUUUAGCUCUAUCUUACGGGGUUCGUUUUUUUACUUUGAAAACAGCCAGCCAGACAUACUUACACUUACUUAUUUUUCCUCUCAAUGUGCGUUAUUGGUUUACCUGUUAGCUAUGUAAAAAAAAAACAAACACACACACAAGGGAUUUUGAUCUUUCCUCGUUUCCGUAGCGCAGGUAGGGCACCGUAUAGUAGAAUAGUAGUUUUGUGCAAAAAUGAUGUAGUUUCCUUAUUAAGAAAAAAGGCAAUAUUCUCACAACUCCACGAACACGAACACCACGAAUUCUUAAUGGAAAGACACAAAAUUCAAUGCUUAAGUGCAGUAACAAUCGGGGCAAAACAAAAUAAGACACUGUAACUGUAUAAACCUUGAGGCACACUUGUACGACCAGCGUACAAUGAGAAAAGUGCAACUGCAAUCGAUAAAAGUGGAUUUAUUUUUCUAAAGAAAGAUAACUAUUUGAAGAAAAAAAUUAGACAAAACGUAAAGGUAAUGAAUACUUCAAGCAGGAGUAAGAAAUCUCACUCACAAGAUUUUUCUGAAAAGUGUUUUAUUUUUCAUUUAAUUUGUUUAAAUAUCUAUUCUAUUGUGUUGUUCCUACCAAAUCAUUGUGCGCUGUGGUUGAAUUUUGUUUACAUUCUUCCUUUGUUUCUUUAAAAGGCAUUGAAUUAGCUUUUAGUAACUAAUUGUUAGCGAUCAAGCAAAAACAACCCCUCCAAACAAAAAACGGCAAUCCAACGAUUCUACACCAACCCUCCUUCUCCUGCCGCAUCCUCUCCUUGCUCACAAGCAAAUCGGGUGUGUGUAUGUGUGUGUGGAAUGCGAGAAUUUGUUUACUAGUGUCGCCUUAUCGAAUGAGUAAGUUUGAGGAAGAUUAAAUUUGUAAUGUAAACACUUCACGAGACACACACUUAAUUGCUUAGAGAGAAGAGAGUAAAAGAGAGACAACCCCUAGAGUAAAAAUGCUAAAAAUUACGAAGCAAAACACGCAAAUUGCAUCUCGCGUACCGCCGCUGUAAGUAGAACAAAUAAAAACACGCGAAACCGCACGAUUCAUUAUUAAUAGGACGAAAGAAGCGGAGGAUGUAAACAGAUAAGUACUAUGGUGGAGAAAAAAACAAAAUUGCCCACAAAUUUUCUUUUACCUUCAGUGUAGAGAUUGGAGCUGGAAAAUGAGACGCGAAAUGAUAUAUAUAUAUAUACAUAUAUAAAUAUGCAAUCCAAUAUAGCUGCAAGCUAACGUUUAAAGCAUGAAAGUUAGCACAACAGAAGAGUUGCACGAGCCGGAGAAAGAGAGAUAAAGAAAGCGUUUCCGACUUGUUCAAGUGACGAAGGGGUUUAAACCAACCUGCCCGCUAAACAAGUUUAGCGCAGAUUAUCAAAAAAUGGAAGAAGAACAAGUAAACCCAAGAAGCGAAUGAAGACUUCGUGUUCAUAGCCUUUCGUAUUGCAAUAAUAGUAGUUGAUGGGAUAAAAAGUGUGUAUUGAAAUUUUACGCGUUAUUUUUCCGUUUCCGUUUGCCAUCUUUCCUGCGUGAGAGGAUUAUUGGGUUUCGUGUUGGACACGAGCGCUUAAGUUCUCUUUUUUGUGUUGUUUUGUAUUUAAUAAUUCUAAUCCUAUUGUCCUAGAUUAGUCUACAAUGGCAGUCGAACUGUUUCAGCAACUGUUUUCCUAUUCAGAUCACACUUUAAAUUAUGCAUUAAGCGAGCAAAAUUAAUUCGUCCCAGCCAGUUUCUCCCUUUGGCCCCAUUUUAUUGUAUCGGAAGCGAUGGCGAAGGGAAAACAAAGAAGAAGAAGAAGAAGAAGAAGAAAAUAUAUCACCAAAUUGUGUGAAAUAUGCGCAACCGUACGAUCACAGAACUGUAGAUAUCUUAAAUAAAAUACUUGCAAAAUACGCAUUAUUAUGCAUUAAACCGGAAAACAGAAUAGAGAGACAUAAUCGGCCGACCGGUCCGAGGGCGACGAAGAAAUGGAAGCGCGCCAGUCAUAUUGAACUAAAUACAAAAAGGUUUGAGCGAAUGGAACAGUGAAAACAAAAACCCACAGCAAGGACACACAUAAAACAGUCAAACACACUCAUACAGCACAGUCAGAUAAGGAAACAAAAUCAAUCGAGUCAGAUGGUUCACAUUAACGAUCAACUAAAAAUAGCACAUAAACCGUUUUUAAACCCCACAAAACAGCCACAAACGAGGCGAAACGAGAGUUAGAAGAAAGCAUUCUCAACAACCACCACAACACCGUGUACGAUCGCGUUUUUAGUUUUCAGGCCUCCUUUGAUGAUCGUUGUUGAUCCGUGAUUCUUCGUCGCAUCUCUUAGUGUGCAAUAAAGCCGUGUGUUCAAAAUGCGACAUAUAAAAAGAAAUAUUUGCAAAACGGUAACUCUUUCAACGUCGUUUCACCUCGGUACGGAUUCUCAGUGUUCCUUAUUUAUUCAUUCUAUGCACAACGUGCGUGUGGGUGUGUAACGUUUGAGGGGAACUACACCUCAUUCAGACAAUUUUGAUAUCACGUUUUUCAUGCACAUCACAGAAAAAAUAACCUUAAAAAAAAGAAAGUUAUUCCACUACAUUUGUGUGCACAAUUGUCAGUUGAAAAGAAAUGCAUUUUCAGCUCUCCUUUUUGCUCUCUCUCUCUCCUUCACCCUCACCACCACCAUCAUCAAACACUAAAUGUGGUCUAACACCAAGGAAAAUGUGGUGCAAAAGCUCGGUGCAAACCAGCUAUAAACAAUUUCCCAAUUUAGCACACACACACACACAAACACACAGACAGACUAAUCGUGUAUUAAAGGCUAACAAUGUAUUACUACUACAACACCUCCCCCAGAAGCAAAUCGCGGCUUUUGAAAAGACUAAACUUAAGGCAAAGAAAAAGAAACAAAGCUCGGAUAAAUUGGAUUCUAAACAAGAACGAAACGAACGAAAUAUGUAUAAGAAUGUGAAAACAACAUACAUGAGAAAAAGAAGAAAACUGAAAGUAACCAAAAAAUACUCCAAUGUUCCUCUUGAAACAAAACCGACAUGAUGAUGCAAAACAGAAACGACAACCAAUACAGGAGAACAACAACAGGAACCCGGCCGUUGACAGCCAAUUGAUAAAGUAUUGAUUUUGCAAUACUUUUAUCUUAUCACACACGACACUACUUUUACCGAACCUCCCCCUCCUCCCUCUCAACCCACUGAGACUGAGCGGUGUGUGUGUGUGUGUUAUUUGGUUGAUUUUUUACGUCGAUUGUUCGAUCAAGUGAUCAAUUGCUCGCGUGUCUCCAUACAUGUUCAUGUUCGAUCUGCACCAUCAUGGGGGAAAAAUUUUCCUUUUGAAAACACGUUUCAAACUCAUAAGCAUAUGUUUCGUUGGAUGUGUGUGUAUAUUGGUUUGGGAAGGAAAAAAAAAACUCGGAUAAAGCACACACACACAGCACAGCACUGCACUGCACUGCUCGUUACCAAAAACAGAUAUUGCGUUUCCCAGGUAGUGCGUUGAAUUAUUAGUCGUAUGUUUACUUGUUGCAACAUCGGAGAUCGUCCUUGUACACACAUACACAGCAGCAGACUCGUAGUUUGUGUUGCCUCCUAUCUAAGCGCGUUAUUAUUAUUCUAAUUAUAAAGAUAGACCUCUGACGCUUUAAUCCCGUCAACCCGACAGCGCCCGACAACGCGUUGUACCGCGGGGGAUUGAUGUGUGCGAAUGUGUAUUGCACUAUUUAUUUAUUCACUAACCUCAUUGUUGAUUACCACUUAAGCUGUUUAACAAACAAACAAACAAACAAACAAAAAUCCAAAACUAUGAUGAGCGUAUGGUUAGGAUGAGAGAGGAAGAAAUAAACUCCACAAAACAGAUUUAAAAUUAUUGAAAAUGAUCGAGUUCAGGCGUGUUCUCUUUGUAGAGGUGCAUACCGUUUACGUUUGCAGUAGACAUAUUUCGUUUUGGUUUUAAUUUCGUUCGAGUUGUGUUUGCUACUGUCAUCUAGGUACAGGUUCAAACCGAAACGCGGUCACCGUUUGCCAAUAAAUUAACAAAGCAAAAAAAAAACCCCCACUCAGCCAUUUACAGCAAAACGGUAAACGGAUUGAUUGGUGCGUGCGCGUGGGUUUGGAAAUAUUUGUGGCAAAAUCUAUCUAUGCGACGACCGGGUAGAAUUGAAAAUACCGAUUUGUAAAUCACGAAACAACACUCUCUCAUAACUUUAAUUGCCAUUAAAUUACCCACCAUCCUUCUUAAAAAAAACCUUCGUCACAACUGCUGCUCUCUACAGCGCAUAAGCACACACCAAAAACAAACAAAACAAAGUAAAAGAAGAAGAAGAAAAAAACCAUUAGGCAUUAAAACGUAAAAGUUAUACAACAGCAAGCAACCGAAAACUGAAAACAAAAGAAAAAAGAACAACAACAUGAAGCAAACCAUCAUCCGUAGUGUGCGAACGAUUUACAGUGUGUAAGGAAUGCAAAUAAACAAACAAGAAAAUAUUGUAAGCCGAAAACAAAUUUGAGUGUGUGUGUAUGAGCAAAUUAUGCGAAGUGUGCAAGUGUGUGUGUUAAAGAGUGUAAAUGCGAAAAAGAAGAAGAAUAAACAUAAAACAACAAACAAGAACAAAACUAAAACUUAGAAACAAAAAUAAGAAGCAAGAAAUAAACACACACACAGACACAUACCAAACAAGAUGGUAGAGCACCGUUUGCUGCACGUACGGUGAAGAAGAAGAAAAAAGCGGUACGAAUAGCUAAAAUAAAUAAAAGAAAAUGAAAAGGUAACUAAAUUUAAAGCAAACAGCAAUUGUAGGAAACAAAUAACAAUUAACAACACGGAAUAAUUGCAUCAAACACUCUCACACACAUACACACUCGCAAACACAUACAUUCUGAAAACACGUGGAAAAGAAAAUGAAAUGAAAUAACAAACUUAAAGAAAUAACAAAACAAAAUGAAACAAACAAGCAAACAACAAAGA